AUGGGUCCGAUAGCUUUUGGCCUUGCCGCCUUGAACCUCCUGGGCUACAUAGCUCCAGCCUUCGUGGCGGCCUUACCCACGGACUCAAACUCGGACUCUGAAGUCUUGAUUUCUGUGAAUGGUCACGUCAAACACCAAGAGCUUGACGGAUUUGGCGCUUCGCAAGCAUUCCAGCGGGCCGAAGACAUUCUUGGAAAAGACGGUCUAUCUCAAAAAGGGACUCAGCAUGUACUGGACUUGCUGUUCAGUAAGGAUAUCGGUGCAGGCUUUUCCAUCCUGCGUAAUGGCAUUGGCUCAAGCAACAGUUCUGACAAGAACUUCAUGAACUCAAUCGAGCCCUUUACACCAGGCUCACCUGGGGCAAAGCCACACUACGUCUGGGACGGUUAUGACAGUGGUCAGCUCACCGUCGCUAAAGAAGCAUCCAAGAGAGGGUUGAAGUUCCUCUAUGGCGAUGCUUGGUCCGCCCCAGGGUACAUGAAAACAAACCAUGAUGAAAAUAAUGGAGGCUAUCUCUGCGGAGUAACAGGCGCUACCUGCCCUUCUGGCGACUGGAAGCAGGCCUAUGCAGACUAUUUGUUGCAGUGGGUUGAGUUCUACCGUAGGUCAGGCGUCAAGGUCACCAACCUGGGGUUCCUUAACGAGCCUCAGUUCGCCGCUUCCUACGCUGGCAUGCUAUCCAACGGCACACAAGCUGCUGACUUCAUACGUGUGCUGGGCAAGACGAUCCAAAAGCGAGGUAUUCAUGAUCUCACUAUCGCUUGUUGUGAUGGCGAGGGUUGGGACCUGCAAGAGGACAUGAUGGCUGGCUUGACUGCUGGACCUGAUCCUGCGAUCAACUACCUCAGCAUCGUUACUGGCCACGGAUACGUUUCACCACCGAACCAUCCACUUUCAACAACAAAGAAGACAUGGCUCACCGAGUGGGCUGAUCUCACAGGCCAGUUCACGCCCUACACAUUCUACAACAACAGCGGCCAGGGUGAAGGCAUGACCUGGGCUGGCCGUAUCCAGACAGCUCUUGUCGAUGCCAACGUCAGCGGGUUUCUUUAUUGGAUCGGAGCCGAGAACUCGACUACCAACAGCGCUCUUAUCAACAUGAUCGGCGACAAGGUCAUUCCGUCCAAGAGGUUCUGGGCUUUUGCAUCAUUCAGUCGAUUUGCUCGCCCUGGUGCUCGUCGCAUCGAAGCCACGAGCUCUGUUCCUUUGAUCACAGUCAGUUCAUUUCUCAACACGGACGGUACUGUCGCGACGCAGGUGCUUAACAAUGACACGGUUCCUCGCAAUGUUCAACUCGUUGUUUCUGGCACGGGCCGAACUCCUCAUAGCUUGAAGCCAUUUCUAACAGAUAAUUCUAAUGAUUUGACUGCUUUGGGGGACUUGAAGGCUACUGGAAAGGGUUCUUUUCAGACUACAAUUCCUCCUCGAUCUCUCGUUAGCUUUGUUACAAGUUCAUAG